CGGAACUCGAAUUUGCCAACUUGGUGGGAUGAACCCAGGACGAGUCGACGCCAUCAUUGAGCGGCUGUUGAACGUGCGCCACUGCCGUACUGGCCCCGAUGCACCACUGAAUGCAGACGACUUGUACGCCGUGUCGCAAGCUGCUCGAGACAUCUUUGCUUCACAACCCAUGCUCAUCGAGAUCGAGGCGCCGGUCAAGAUUUGUGGAGACAUCCACGGCCAGUAUCUGGACCUGCUCCGCAUAUUCGACCACUGCGGGUACCCUCCCGACUCGAACUACCUCUUUCUGGGGGACUAUGUAGACCGCGGACGACAGUCCCUCGAGACCAUCGCGCUCUUGUUUGCGUAUAAAGUGCGGUACCCGCUCAACGUGUUCCUCCUCCGCGGCAACCAUGAAUCUGAAGAUAUCAACGAACGGUACGGGUUCUUCGAAGAGUGCAUUCGCCGCUUCGACGUCAAGAUGUACAAGCAUUUCUCCGAUACAUUCGCGUGGCUCCCGGUCGCAGGCGUCGUGGCCGACCGCAUCUUGUGCAUGCACGGCGGGUUGUCGCCUUCGUUGGACCACCUCCACCAGAUCAAGAGCCUCCCACGGCCGCUGUCCAGAGUCGACCAAUCUGGAAUCAUGUGCGACUUGCUGUGGAGCGACCCCGACUCGUCGGUCCGUGGCUACGGCGACAACGAUCGCGGGGUAUCCCACGUAUUUGGCCCAGAUGUCGUCGAGAGCUUUGUGAAGCGCCACGACCUUGAUCUCAUCUGCCGCGCCCACCAAGUGGUCGAAGAUGGCUACGAAUUCUUUGCCAAUCGCCAGCUCCUCACGCUGUUUAGCGCCCCCGGAUACUGCGGUGAGUUUGACAACAAGGCAGGCGUCCUCUCGGUCGACCCUUCCCUCGUCCUGACCAUCCAAAUCAUCGAUCCACUCUUGGACAACAAGAAGCGGCGCUUCCAGCCCAACGGACAGUUUAGCACUAGUAAUAGCAGUAGGAUUGACGGCGUGUCGCCGCACAAGCGUCAAGCUAGUGGCUCCUCAUACGUUUACGGCAAAAAUUGAGUUCAUUUACGUA